CCACGAAAAGUGAUUCAGUAGACGCGGUUAAGGAAGCCGUUCGCGGUAAGGUAGCGAGAUCCGAACGACCCGUAAUAUUUAAACCGGCGGAUAUCCCUUGAAAUAAUCGAUUUUUCAACCUACGAUACGCCUUCGCACUCGACGUGGGCGCCGGCGCCUGGCGUCGCCUCGCCACACAGCCUCAAAACAACCAGUGAAUCUUGGACGGCUGGUCCGUCGUUAAAUUCGCCCUCCAGUCAAUUUUGACAAAACAGAUUCCGUUGUUCGUCGUUGGAGACGUUGGCGCGGACAUGCAGUGAGUUGCCAACGGCUACAGCUGGCCAUGCCGUGGCCCGGCGCAUCGCUGAGAAUCGCUAUACUGCUUUUGGCGGCUACUGUUGGCCCUCCCGGAUAUUCUGCAGAGAGUAACGUAGGGUGUUUGUUCAGCGAAAGACUUUGCUUGGAAGAAGAGUGGUGCUAUGACGAUUUCGCUUUUGGACGUUGCCUCCGAACAAUUGGCGACGUCGAUGAAGAUGAUCUCUACAGAUACAAUCUGGAAAGGGAAGGACUGCACGAGCUCAGCGCUGAACUUCGGAGACUUUUUGCCCUAGGAUACCGAUGGAGCCACGGCUACACACAAUGCCGGCUCCAGGCUCUGCUCUAUGCGUUCAAGCACGACAUGACCUUCGAACCGGACGCCUGCUCCCACCUAGUUGAUAACGACUUGGAAGGCGCCCUCAAAGCUCUGGAGGGUCAGGUCCAGUUGGAUCCCCAGGAGGUGGCAAUCAUAAAGUACACCCCCAGCGUGGACGACCCCCAUGCCGCCUAUGCCGAUGAAGUUUAUUACCCACCUGUUAACAACAAGGCCCAGGAGACCAUUAGGGAGAAGAUUCUGGCCCCCAAUGCGAUAGACCUUGAUAUGGAGGACCCUUACGCCGCCUAUUCCGUCGUGAAAAGGGAAUGGAUUCCCCAGAUGCACCACCGCUCCUCACCCCAAUACCAAGACCAACCCAAAGACCCCGCGAAUUUUCCUACAAACCGGGCAACGGAUUCGUUAGAAUUCCUGCAGCGAUACGAACAAAACUACCCACAACCGAACAGAAUAAUCAACGACAGACCUACGCUUUUAGAGCAAAAUGACUACUUGACUUUGGAAGACCUGACGGAAAUGUAUCCGGUAAUCAAAUUUCUCAACGACAUGCACCUGACUCCCAGGGAAAUCCAGAAAUUCCUGAGCCCAGAAAACUACAUGAAGCUGCGCGAACUGUUGGCCGAGUUCGAUCGUAGGGCAGCUCGAGAGGACGACGUCCAGGAUUUGCUGAGGCAGCAGCUGGAAGCUGAUAGUGGAUACGUGAACAGUUUGCCGCAGGAAAGGUUUACUUUGAACUACAACACCCCGGAUAAUUUUAGAGCUGGAUGGGAGUCCAGAGAUAUUUUGCCUUACAAGGAUUUGGAGGACAUUCCUGAAUCUAGAGUAUACAUCGAUGAAGAGGAAGGCCAGGAUGAUGAGAAUACUGAGUACGGGAGCGGCAAUUCGCUAACACCGGACGAGGAAAUCUUUAGAGAAAGGAAGACUAGUCGUAAUUUCGAGGUACCGACGGAACGGGAAAUUUUUAGGGAACUGGAAAGGGAAAAUAAUGAUAGGGUGUUCUCGACUAGACCACGACCUGGGGUUUAUACCGAGGGCGGGGUGGUUUGGAGUCCAACUGUAGACAGGAAUUUCUUAGAUGCAACCACAGAACAUCAAAACCGCCUCAUUUUAAAAGACAAUCUUGACAAACUCUUGGAGAAGUACAAUUUGGGGUUCAAGAGACCUGAAAGACUGGACGUUAAGAAACCCGGGCCUCCAUUUGACGCACAAAUAACAGAAUCUGCUCAAAAGGUGGAAAAACUCAUGCACAAAAUAGAUGACGAAAAUACUCUGCUUCCCUCGAUGAUGAAGAAAGAACCUCGCGGGGUUCAUCCAGACCCUGAACACGAUCCCCCAAAGCACGCCCCUGAAAUGGACUACGUCUACGUUGAAUUCAAGAACGACUUCAGGGACUGGAGCCACGGAAUGAGCAUCAUAAGUAAUAUAUCGAACUUACUGCACAUUGAACCGUCAGCUUUUGUAGAGGGAGAAGCCAGUCCCAAGUGGAUAAUGUUUAGAGUUAAACAGAACAGUCGAGGGUUGAACGCAAGUGAGGUGGCUAAAAAAAUCGAUGCUAUAAAGGGGAAGCUGAAAGAAGUUGCUGGUGUUGAAGUCUAUUCUGCUGGCAUUGGGGACAGAUCAAGAAUGCAGACCGUUUUAACCACUGCACUGAAUAACGAGAACCAAUUCUACAUAGUCAUAUUUAUGGUCUGCGGAGUCCUAGCGGCCAUGAUCAUCGCGACCGCUCUCCUAAUCCUCAUCAGACGCCAUAUUAAGUUGAAGGAGAAGCUGCAAGGGUUAAAUCGACCAGAUACCGAAGCUAGCAAGGAUUACCAAGACUUGUGCAGGUCGCGAAUGGCGGCUAAAGGACAACCACCUGGUGAGACAGUUCAUGGCAGAAUCACGUCUUUGUCUAGAGAAUCGGAACAAAGCCCAUCCAGCCGCUCGAGCACAUCUUCUUGGAGUGAGGAGCCAGCUUUGCAUAAUAUGGACAUUUCAACAGGUCAUAUGGUUCUGAGUUACAUGGAAGACCACUUAAAGAACAAAGACCGCCUAGAACAAGAAUGGGUAGCUUUAUGCGCGUACGUAGCAGAACCUUGCGAGACCACCAUCGCCUUGAAGAAAGAGAACGUCGACAAGAACCGCUAUCCAGAGAUAGUGCCAUACGAUCACGCACGAGUUGUCCUGAACGAAUUGUCCAACGCAUCCGGAUGUGACUAUAUCAACGCUUCUAGUAUCACCGAUCACGAUCCCAGAAACCCAGCUUAUAUUGCGACUCAAGGACCUCUCCCGCACACCGCUCCAGACUUUUGGCAACUGAUUUGGGAACAGGGGGCCGUGGUUAUUGUAAUGUUGACUAGGUUGACAGAGGGAGGAGCGGCCAUGUGUCAUCGAUACUGGCCAGAGGAGGGAUCAGAACUGUACCACAUAUACGAGGUUCACUUGGUUAGCGAGCAUAUCUGGUGCGACGACUAUCUGGUCAGGUCUUUCUAUCUCAAGAACGUACGGACUGGCGAAACGAGAACUGUGACUCAAUUCCACUUCCUGUCAUGGCCAGAAUCUGGAGUACCUGCGUCUACCAAGGCACUGUUAGAAUUUAGGAGAAAAGUCAAUAAAUCAUACCGAGGCAGAUCCUGUCCCAUAGUGGUCCACUGCAGCGACGGCGCCGGUAGAACCGGAACGUACUGCCUCAUCGACAUGGUGCUCAGUAGAAUGGCCAAAGGAGCAAAGGAAAUCGACAUCGCAGCUACCCUGGAACACCUGAGAGACCAGAGGCCAAGGAUGGUGGCCACCAAGCAGCAGUUCGAGUUCGUGCUCACGGCUGUGGCCGAAGAAGUCCACGCGAUACUCAAAGCUCUGCCCCCCCAACCGACUCCUGCCCAAAACCAAGAGAAGUAAACGAUGCCGGGAUGAUAAGCGACGCUCAAUAUACUCCAGCCCUAUUGGGAGUGGCUUAUAAUCGCGUACCCACAAUGUUUUUUGACUUGACGAGAUAUUUCAAUUCAUGUACCUUCUAGUACCUUAUAUGUUUUAAUCUCUCUACAUAUCUAUAAGUUAUCCAUCAGGUUUCCUGGAUCGAAGAAGUGUUCUACGAUUCUUCCUCUGGGAUCGGGGAAGAUCACAACAUUCAUGUAAAAAUAACUAUAUAUUCCACAAAUGGGUUUGUGCUAAUAUCGAUACAUAACUGAUAUUCUAAUAUCCAAGAAAAAUCAGCAUACGUCUAUUAUUAUAUUCUAUAUGUAAAUAUAUAUUUUGUCUAUGUGUUAACGUGAAAUAUUUAAUAUGUGUUGGCAUAUUCAAAGGAUUUAUUAACUGUUGUUCAGUUGAGGGUAUAAUUAUUUUUUAAUCAAGAUCACGUUUCCAGCAUGACGCCUACGUUAUAGGAAUCAUAUUUUUUUGUAAAAAUUAUAUUUAUUAUUACGGUAUCAUUUUGUCGGUAUCUUUGAUAUCCAGCCUCUCAAUGGUGUCGAUGAAAAUGAUGAAUAACGUUUAAAAUGGUGACGCUUAAUAAAAUAUAUAUAAAAUAAUAAAAAAAAACAACUAUAUUCCAGACUGAAGAAUUGCAAGUAUUUGUCUAAUUUUUAUCAAUUGUAAUCGAGGGACAAAAAAUAAUUCACGGGAUUAUUCUUUCUUCCUCCGUAAGAUGACAUAGUAAAUAAGAUUUUAAGAAGAGGUAUAAUUACAAAUGUUCUAUGCUAUAUUUAUCAACAACUAUAUUUUGUCAAAUUAUAAAAUGUUAUCAAGUAUAAAAUCAUUGAUGUACUGAUUCUAUCUGAAUUAGAUUUAGUGUAAUGUAACUAUGUGUAUGUAUACAGCACACUAGUUGUUA